UGAUGGCUUUGAAAGCACCUCACACUUGCGUAGCGCUGACAGUCUUGUUUCUGUUCCUUGCAAAUGGCUGUGUACUGAUUGAUUAUUUCAGCCGCGAGCCACCGGUGCCGGCGGCUGGAACCUGACAGGCCCACGAGUCGUUAGCUAUGGUGACUGGCGGGGGCGCUUUUGGUUUGCAGAUCCCGCCCGCAAGACGGUACCUCAAAUCUGGCAGCAUGCCCCGUGUUCUCCUUUCUGUCUCAACUGGAGUGUGUGUUCUGCACAAAUCCAGAAAGCACUAUCCAACGCGAUGGAUUCCAUUUCCCCGACGAUUGUGGGAGCGUACGGGCUUGCUGCUGCACUCCUUGUGCUGGUACUCAACGCUCUUCGAAUCAAGGUCGACCCACGCGAGCCUCCUGUCAUACACUCAUGGAUACCUCUGAUCGGUCACAUCAUUGGGACGAUGAGAGAUGGCUCUACCUAUACCAAAAAGCUUCAAAGAAUAAACUUCCCAUCUUCACACUGCCCAUGCUGACCGGUCGCACGUAUAUCGUGACCGACCCAGCUCUUUGUGCAGCUGUGCAGAAAGCAUCGACUGCCAUGAGUUUCGAUCCGAUUGUUGCGGAGAUUACUCCACGUUUGGUCGGGUCCAAUGACCAAACCACAAAGCUUAUCAGGGGUCCUCCAGGCCAGGCAAUGGACAAGAACAACAUCGUCAAGAAAUCUCACCAUGUUAUCAAUCCCCCGUUGUUACCCCAGAACAUCCAUGGUGCAUCUAAAAUUCAAUUGGACUACUUCGGCGGCGUCCUUGCCAAGAUUAAAGAUGGUGCAGAAAUGGACUUGUUCCGCUUCGCUCGACAAUCUGUGACCGCAGCGUCCAUGACGACUUUCUUUGGACCUAAUAAUCCCUUCGAGAAGCAUCCCGAACUCAUCGAGUCCUUCUGGGAUUGGGAGGCCGGCAAUGUGGCCUACAUGACGGGCAUCUUUCCCAGCAUAUUUGCGCGUGACGCUGCCCGUGGUUUGGAGGCUUGCAUCAAGGGCUUCGAGGAAUAUGUUGACAACGAGGGUUACGAAAAUGCUUACAAAGUCAUCAGGGAGCGUAGUCAACUCCAUGUUAGGGAGGGUAUUGCUGACACUCGAGAACUGGCCAAACUUGAAGUAGCCAUUUCGCUUGGCUUCAAUGUCAACGCGGCUACCACCACCUUCUGGAUUGUAGACCAGGUCUUCAGUCGACCCGGUUUGUUAUCUAAGAUCCGAGAGGAGAUACACGCAAAUGCUCUUUUGGGCCCCGGUAUCCUGUCUGCAGACAGCUUGCGUCAGGCAUGUCCUAGAUUGAACUCGGCUUAUCGCGAGACCAUGCGUCUCUAUGUUCCAUCCGCCAGCGCCCGACUUGUGGUUGAAGAUACAAUGGUAGCAGACACUUGGCUCCUGCGGAAGGGUGCGAUCGUCCAACUAGCCGGGACAGUCAUACACCACAAUCCGGAUAUCUGGGGCUUAGAUGUCGAGCAAUUCAACCCCGACCGUUUCCUGUACAGCGCGAGCGGCUCAAAGACCAACCCUGACGGCACCGUACCCGACGACAAGGCUCACUUCAUCCACCCAGCAGCCUUCCGCAGUUUUGGUGGAGGCGCAAGUCUCUGUCCCGGGCGUCAUUUCGCGCAAAUGGAGGUACUGGCUCUUGCUGCAACCUUGAUCAUGGGAUUCGAGAUGGCGCCCAUCAACGGUACGACCUGGAACCCGCCAGCAGACAUAAAGAGGCUUCCAAUUGCAGCGAUGAAGCCCCUUGCGCCUCUGGACGUGAAAGUGAGAGUGCGUAAGGAAUUUGAGGGUGUUCAAUGGCAGAUAAGGCCAUGAGUAACUGUAUUUGCACAAGCUUUGUUCUAUAAUAAGCUAUGAGCUUCAAUGCCUACACACCUGCUUUUGCGAUCCGCCUUAACCAAAUCCCUGGAGUGAUCCCGACAUUACUUGCCUCAAUACGUGGCGCAUGGCCACUGAUUGGGCAGGCGGUGCCGGCAGCCGUGGCGC